AUGUCGUCUCUUCGGCCUUGCGGUCGAAUAAAGCAGGCCCAUCUUGAUCCCUUCAGCAGUUUGUUCCUUGAGUCGAUCGGUCAUGGUUCCCUCAGUUUCAAGCUUAUCCUGUCAAUGCCCGAGCCUGAUCAUAUGGCCAUGGCCGUCGAUUCUCCUACCCGCGAUGAUGUUUCUACUACCUUUACUCCUUCCGAUGCUACCCCUAUUUUGAAUCACCCCACGCAUGCAUAUAAUGCUCGCCGCGAGUCCCCGAUCGAAGCAGACGAAGCACUUGCUCCUCGUUCUCCCUUCGAAUCUGUUGCUACCCCCAACACCGCCAUUACUGCCGUCCGUCCUAAUCGUACUGCCAGCAAUGGAGCUCGGCUCGAAGAGAAUGCAGUCAUCGACCCCCCUCGUGAGGCGACUGAUCACACUAAUCCAACCCAUCAAGCGAGUCAUGCUUACCCUGUACGCCAAGCAACCCAGAUGGAAGAGGACGAAGUCCCCAGCUACCCUCCGCCUCCGUAUGUACAUGCGGUUCGUUUUGCGCUAACCAGUCCUUAUACUACCCCGGCUACGGCCGGUCCUCCCCGUUCUAUCGUCGAUCCUGGUCCUCGCCGCGUGUAUUCCACCCCUCGUCAUACUGGUUCUGCCUCGCCGGAUAGCCCAACUCGUCCCAACGUCCGCCGCCGCCUCUUCGUCACCUCUCCUGCGCCUACCAGGGCCGCGCCUCCGGGUGGUUCGCCCGCGCCUCCUACCGAUCCUCCUACAACUCCUCAUCCUUCCCCUGCAGGUGAUCCCUUCGACAUGGAUGCGCGAUUUAGUGCUCAAUUCUUGGCAAUGAGCUUCUACAACACCCUCCUGUCUGUGCACGACGUCCUGGGCGACUUAGCCGACGACCAUCCCCACUUCCUUCGCCACGAGAUCAUGCGCUCUGCUACCAUUAUCGCCGAGGAUUGGUUCAACUAUCAUCGCAUCCACUUGCCUGCCCAGUUUGCCGAGCCUCAUUCCAUGGGUCACCUGGUGGCCGGUAGCGUCCGGUUCACUGUCCGUUGUCUGAAUGCCUUAAUCCUUGAAUGUCCUGAUUUGUACCCCUCCAUUCCUCCUCUCUCCCCAACUAGCUGA